AUGACUCACCAAUCUCUCUCUCUCUCUCCUCUCUCUCUCUCACCCCCACAACAGAGAUGCAAACAGAAAAUCCAGAGAGAGAGAGGGGGGGAGAGAUAUUAAUGGCACACGCUUGUAUGCCCUCUCUCUACAUGUAGACCAUUUCCCUUCUCUUAAUGUAUUCUUUCAGGACAUCUUUUGGCUAGAUAUGGGGUCUCUGGCAGCUGAAACCGAGUCAAUAGACCAGUGGAACUACAGUUUUUUAGGGCUUAGUGAAUCAGGGAAAGGAGAUUCUGAAUUUCCACAGGUUCUGUCACUGUUAUCCUCAGUUCUCAAGAGGACCAUUCAAAAGAAUGAGAGUUCAAUGGAUUCUACGACGAGGAAAGCUAAUGACACCAUUUUCCAUGGUCUCAGAGCACCAGAUCUUAGUAUACAAAGUUACACUGAGCGCAUAUUCAAGUACUCAAAGUGUAGCCCUUCAUGCUUUAUCCUUGCACAUGUAUACGUUGACAGAUACCUCGAGCAGCCAGGUGUCCAUCUUUCUUGCCUCAAUGUUCAUCGGUUGCUCAUGACAAGUGUGGUCAUUGCAGCAAAAUUCAUUGAUGAUGCGUUUUUCAACAACGCAUAUUAUGCCAGGGUGGGAGGAGUGAGUACCCAAGAGAUGAACAAAUUGGAGAUAAACUUGUUAUUUACUCUUGACUUCAGACUUCAAGUGUCCAUGGGAACGUUUAGUAGGUACUGCUCACAGCUACAAAAGGAAGCAGCAGGGUACAUCGUAGAGAGGCCAAUUCAGAUAUGCAAGCAAAAAGAGUGGACUAAGAUUCACAACUCAAAAUGUCAACCUGCUGUCCAGAGAUGUUGAUGUGCCUUGCAUUAUCAUAUUUGCGUGUAUAGUAACCCGAGAAAGGCAACAUCAUAUUGUUAUUAUUAUUUUUUUCUUUCUUUAUCAUUUGGUGCUGUUAAAUUUCUGAAAUUUCCAUGUCAGACUUCAUACUCUUAGAUGUUCAUAUUGUAGAUGUAAGAAGAGUUUCCAUGAUAUCUUUUCAGAUCUAAUAGUAGCUUCUGCA